CCCAAGCGGCGGGGGCUUCGCGCGCGUUGUGAGGCCGCCGGUUAAAAAGGAAAACUUCCAUCGGCGGCUUCGUCGUCGUUGUCGUCGUCGUUGUUGUUGUUCAACCAGUUUACAACAAAUGUGCAAGUUUAAAACAGCUGCUUGAGAGGAGAAACCUCGUGGGCUUUCGACGCAAGCGUCGUUUGCCGGCUGUGGAUCACGAGAAGAGGUGUAGGUAGGUGCUGGUGAUGCCAGGACAGGCGGAUUUGCCCAUGAUGGGCGGCUCUUUCAAUCCAGGGGCCUUCGCGGGCCCUGCCGCCUACACGCCCGUGCUCAUGCCUUUCAAGUUCCGCGAGCGCAGGGAGGCUGUGGACUGGCGGCGUCUGGGCGCGGUGGACGUGGAGCGCGUGGCUCGCGAGGUCGACGUCGCCACGUCACAGGAGUACAUCACGACAGUGACGUACUGCGAUGUGACCAGCGAGCGCUGCGCGCGCUGCCAGGCGCCCGCCGACCCGCUGCUCGUGAAGCUGCUACGGUUGGCCCAGCUCACGGUCGAGUACCUGGUUCACACGCAGGGCUGCCUGGGCGCUGGCGCGCACGCCGCGCACACACGCACGCAGGGUCUAGCGGCGGAGCUGGGCCGUGCCCGAGCUGAAGCGGAACGCCUUGCGGAGGAGCUCAAGGCCGCGCGCGACGAGUGUCGCCGCAGGAAGAAGUUGGUGGCGGCGUUGCAACUCAUGCUGCAGGCCAACGCCAACCACUACCACAAGUGCCAGUUUUGUGAUAAGGCCUUCAUGAACUAUGCCUACCUUCAGAACCACGUGGAGCGCAGACAUCAGGAGGUCACAGAAGGAGAGCGCCAGAAGAAGCGUCGGGUGGAGAAGCUGGAGGAGGAGCUGGAGGGACUGAGGGAUGCGCUGAAGCACACGCAGGGCGACCUGCAAAACGAGAGGCAGGCGCAAGCCUUGUUAAGCCAAAAGGAGCAGGAGGCGCAUCGCGAGCGUGAGAGAGACGUGCGAGAGUGGCAGGAGCGCGAGCGCAAGGCCGUGCACGGGGAGGUGCAGCGCACGCGCGAGGACCUGCAGCGUGAGAUCAGCGUCCUGAGCGAGCAAAAUGUGGCUCUAGAGAUGCGUGUGCAGGAAAUGGGGAAAAGCCGCACAGAGGAUGAUAUGGAGAAGCAGAACAACAGCUUAAUGGCCCUGAAGGAGCAGCUGCGCAAGCAGGACAUGAAGAUGCAAAGUCUGCAGAAUAAACAUGAGCAAGAAAAAUCUCAGAUGCAGCGAGACCUGGAUUCGCUGCACGAUUCCCUUUCAAAUGACCAGAAGGCUAUGAGCACUCGGCUCUCGGAGCUGCGGAGGCUGGUGAAGGAGCGAGAUGCCCUCAUCCGCGAACAGAAGCGCCAGAUUCAAGGUCUUUCUUCAACAAGAGUAGAAAAACCCCAGAUAGAGUCUGAAGAGGAGGAGGAGGAAGAAGAGGAGGAAGAGGCUGAGGAAGAAGUUGAUGCAGAGAGGAGUCUCCAGACGAUCACGGAGGCCACGGAAGACGACAGCAUCGAGGAGCUGGAGAGCUCGGGCGAGCGGAGGCCACCAGGCCCGGGCCUGCUGCGGGAGCUGCGCGCCAGCCUUCAGAAUGCCCUCGAUGAAAAGCUGGAGGGCAUGGGCGUGCGCCAGGGCGCUCGAGGGAUUUCACAACAGGUCCUGCUCUCCUCGUUGUCGGUGCUGCGCACCCAACGAUCGCAAGCGACGCGCCGACACGCACGCCUGCCCACCAUCCGGCGCCGCCUCAAGCGGCAGUUGGAGCAGCGGGUGCAGCAAGCGCAGCAGGCGGAGGCCGGCACCGGCGGGGCCGCGGCGACGGUUACAACAGCCCCUCGUGGGGGGCAAAGUGGCGGUGCACGCGGGGGUGGCUCGGCCGGAGGGCCCGGGUCCCGAGGACCCACUAGCGGGGGCGCGGCCCGCAAGCCCGUGAAUGGCGUCGGCCCCAAACAAACGAAGGGCCCCUCUGGAAAGGCGGCCGUCAAGUCGGAAGGAAAUCCCCGACGUGGCUCCCCGGGGCCGCAGACCAAGGUGAUCUACUCAAGGCCGGCAGCGGCAAACGUGGCGGCCAAACCCAGAUCGCCCGGCAAACAGGCCGCAGGAAAACCCGGAGCAAAGGCGGACUCUGGAAAGACAUCCAAUGCCCGCACCCCAGCUGGCAACGUGAGCACCCCUCCCUUCACGUCAGACGACGACUCUGACAUUAGCACAAGUCCACCGGCCAUCCGUAAACACGACGGCCCUGCCACCCGAACGGCUGAGAGGGAGCCAUCCACAAAUGGGCGAAUCGCGCGCCAGCUGGCCGAGGAGUGGUCCGAUGGCAGCGAGCUAGAGUCCAUUACCAUCCCCGGACAGAAAAAGCCCCAGUCCACCGCCCAUCCAUCCCCACAAGGGGAGAAGGUGCAGAUUUUAAGCCAAAAAAUAGAGCGGCAACUCAGCAAGCCUGGAAGUAAAAAACCACCGGGCGGAGUCCACGUGAUUACCUCCACACCAAGCCAUAAUCCCAGCAAGGCGAGUUCCGCCGCGGGACAGAAACGCGUGAACGAGGCGGAUGACGAAGAGGACAACUGGGACAUCUCGUCGCUGGAAGACGUACCCGUAGGAGGACGGGCUACGGCACGGUCGGGACCCGUGCCGGCCCCACGCAAGGGCGCAUCUUCGCCGGGGCAGCCACACUCAACCGCUGUGCCCAUCACCUCCACUUCCAAGGCUGGUGAGACACUCACGGGUUUGAAGGAGCAAGGGUCAGGCAGCACUCUGAAGAGCAGCCUGGUUACCGUCACAGACUGGACCAACGAUGACUUCUCCGACCUGGAGUUGUCCUGAACUCCAACCCCGUGGAUCUAAUACCCUUUUUCCACUGCACAACCACCAAGCCAUUCCAGGGCCGUACUGAGCCAGUCCGGCGCAACUCACGAGGCACCAGGUUGCUUUUUCACGACCGAAGCCGAGCCGUGCCGCUUGACGUCAUAUGCAAUAAGUCGAGAUGUCUUUUAAUAAUGCAGUGCCACCGUGUCUUCACAGUGAACUCACUGACAUCACAGACAUAAUGGACAGGUCCUGUAGCCAUGCUCCUGGUCUUGCUUGGCCCCCAGCCAGAUGCAGAUGUCUCGUGAGGCCAGCAUGGCUUGGCACGGCACAUAGCAAGUAGAAAACCACUCGGAUGUGCCAAUAGAAAAUGGGUAACAAAGGGGUCUAAGCAUACUGUGGCACGGGUGCUAGAGGAACACCACAGCAACAGCACCAUAGAGGCUAAAUACGCACUGCGAUGAAAUCUCAUUGUAACGUCCCUCAGACUAACAUACUUUUUGCAUGAACAUAUUUAGUAAAAAUCCCCAGAAGAUGUACGGCAUAAAUAACGUUAAAAAUGUUUACAAAGAAUGUACUUCAUAUUUAUUUUCAUAUCAGAUUAACAUUAUUUGGAAGUUCUGGUCGUUUUUUUUACUUGGCACUACAUGAGAACCACUUUGUGGACCAGUCUUAUCCCUGUCCUAUGGAUACACUCGCCCCCGCCAUAAGAACGACUGGCUUAGAGCUGUAAACGGGAAACGAACUCCACAUAAAACGCUAAUUUGAGCAAGAAAUCACUAUUUUUACAACGUAUAUCUCACCAUCGUAAAGCAUGGUCAUGAUGCAGCCAAUUAAAUGUGGUAGCUUCACAGCUAUUGACAAUGGCAGUGCCGUGCAAACUGGUUCAGUAAAGCCAACACGCGUUGCAGCACUCGUUACACUGUUAAAGUUAUAUAUAUAUAUAUAGGUUUGGCAUUGCCCUGUGGACCAAUUUAAUUUCUCAGAGCGUGUUAGUCGAGCCAAGGCGAACAAAAAUUCUGAUUUCUUUGGUCGGUAGGGUGGCAAACUUAACAAAUUGAGAAACCACUGUGCUAUGGACAUUGAGCUUCUCUGUUGUCUCGUCUUAUUGGCCUAUUUUGCACAUUUUAUUGUCAUUUCAAAUUAUAGUAUUUUCAUUAUAAAGUAUAAAACGUACGUACGUCGUAAUGAGAUUUCACUUUACAGGGACUAUCACAUUCCAAUCUGAGCAUUACAUUUGCUCACAAAUCAGUACUAUAGGCACUUACAACACCUCAGAGCCUAGCCCAGCACCACAGCAGAUAACAACACAGAGGAUAGGAUAAUGGGGCAGAGGCUAUCUAACACUACAGAGGAUAACAACACGAUUUGGGCUAAUAACACUGCAGAUGCUAGCUCACUACUCCAGGAGCAAAAACAACAUCACAUAUAGUGUAUGGUGUGAUAGCAGGAUGAUGCAAUAGCUAUUUGAACACAACAGAAAUUUGCACAGUACAACGGUAUAUCGUGAUGUAUUGUGCGGUUUAACACAACACUAUUUGGGCAAACCUAAAUCGUGGGGGCUCACACAAAUACUACACAAGGUAGAACACAACAUCAGAGGCAAACUUAACACAGGAAACAAGAAUUACUAAUUUGGCGAGGUACGAUGUAGGUUGGCACAACACUAGAGAGAGUAUGUGCAGAUUAGCAUGUACAACACUACGCUACAUAACUUAGGACAAUCGAUAACAGGGCGUGCUAAUGUGUGAAAAUAUUUCUCAGGAACAAAUUAAGUGGUACGAAUGCAAUAGAAUAUCAUCGUUGUACUUGCAGUAGUACUGUGUGGUAAAGUGGUACCUUAUUUCAAAGUUGUAUUCAUAAUGCUUUGUAAAAGGCAGUAUCACAUUCCCAUGAUUUAUUCAGGUACUUCAUAUUGUAUGGUGUAAAAACACUAUCGAUGUUGGGACUGGUUACGUGUGUAUACAUAUAUGAUAGUUAUGGUGUUGCCAUCUAAGAUAAUCUUUUUUACAUUUUAAAAAUACAUUUGAGUGUCUUCUUUUUUAUUUAUUUUUCUGUUUGAAGUUAAAUGUCUCUGGGUUCGUGAUUAUUCACUUUUUUAAAUAUCUUAUUGGCAAGUGAGUGCUGUGUUUUGUGUGUCAGACCUGUGCAGAGAAAGUUAAGAAAGUCAAUAUGUAAGCCACUUUUGCCUUGUUUUUUUACAUCCAUUUCAGUGCAAGCGAGCAGUUUUUGCACGUGAAACAGGUAUUUUAUUAAGACAAAACUCCAAUAUAACUUUUCUAAACAAUUAUGGGGAUUUGAAACCCUGUACAAAAUUCAAGUCCUGUCCAAAAGUAACCGUUAUAUGAUAUAUAAUGUGGGAUUUUAGUUGUACAAAGACUUGCGUGGAUUCAAACUCAUUGCAAUAAUGUACAAUACUACAGUACCUCGGAUACUUUUAACUCUACAAUAGUUAAACAUUAUAUGAAAGGAGUUCUAUUCGUAAAUCAACUCGUAAGGGAUUUGGUUAAAUACACUCGUAUUGUAUGUGGCAAGAGGCUCCCGAACUAAUUUUGUAAUAGGUUCUUCAAAACGUGGGAGUGGUGGUGCACUCAGUCUGCAUACGACUGCUGAAUUCAAUUCCCGGCUACGGCGGACAUCGGCAGCAAUCAAUAACGGGUCGUGUCCCCUCCCAAUCACCACCCACACUGAUCAGCGUGGUGAAGUAAGGGGUCAAACAAUCCUCAUGACUCGCAUGGCAUGGGGAGGCCUUCAUUGGGCAGUGGAUUAAACAAGAGCUAUGCAUAAUUUCACUUUUAACCUCAACAUUUGGCAGAGGAAUCUUACUGCUUGGUUUGGGCUGUCUUUGUGAUGUGUCUCUAACGUUAACUUCUGACAGGUGUCCCACAUUCCCAUACUGUACUCUGGUGUAGUUUUUGUUCUGUCAAGCACAUUUACAACAUAUCAACAAAUUGCUUCAUAUAUUCUUGCACAUUGCAGGUCAGAUCAUGAAAGUUGUUUUUUUAAGUGUAACCGUGACACAUAGGUACAUUAGAAUAAAUUUAUAUUGUGAAUGUUGCUUUGCCGUACAGAUAUAACCCACAAUAUCUGGAUAGAAUACUGAUCUAAUUCUGGAACCAUAUUUGCUUUUGGUACAUUUUGAAAUGUUUAUCACCUUGUCACCAACAUGACAAUUGUUUACGGUUAUACAGUAAUGUACGAGUUAAUAACUGCACAAUUUCUUCGCUUUGCUGGUAACAUUUUCGAUGUGUCUCCCACCUCGUAGAAUCAAAUUUCAAUAAAGUGGUUCAGU